AUGUCAUCCGUGUGGUUACUGAAUUGCUUAUACAACAUACAGAUUUACGCAAUUGAGAAUUAUCAGAAGCAAAGGGACCAUUACGAGACCUUUCUUCUCAACCGCAAACUACACAAGAUCGAACACCAACUACGCGAAAUGCUUGAACAGGAACUUAACGAGGAGCCCCAGUCUUUUGACAACUCCGAUCUUCAGAUGAUUCAGCGAUAUAUGUCCAAACAGUCCAUCAAUUCUUCUGCUACUCCUCCCAAUCUCGAUAUGCCUUUGUUUCGACGAGAACGAAAGUCUGAAGCACGUCUGGAGAAACUCAAGAAGAAGAAGCUCGCUCUGAAGAAGGAGGAGACCGUUGAGGUUGAACCCGAAGAAGUUGCGGGGGAGAUGGUUGAUGUUGAAAGCGACGCCGUCACUGUUGUAUCGUCCAGAAACUACUUUGACAAACAUACUCUCAACUUUGUCAACACUUAUGGUGAUUCUGGAGGAUACUCCCGAAUUCGUCAGGCUCUCGGUAUCCAGAGUAAACGAGAGUGCAACCUGUGGGGUAUUUGA